UCAAACUGUUGAACAUUUUAGCUCUUAAUAUUCUGUAAUGAACUCCUGCACACUUGAAUCUAGCAUUUUAUAUACAUUGAGAGGUUAACUCUGGUGACCAGAAUUUCAUCAUGUUUCUGUCUGCCACCCAUCCAUAGCUCCAUCUAAUAAAGGCCAUUGCAUUUAUGCUUCCUUUUCAUGCUUACACUAACAUAUAAAAACUUAUUCAAAAAUCCAAUACACUAACAUAUAUGAUUGCGUUGCAGGGGCAGAGCAAUGGAAUACGUAGAGCCCGCUGUUGGCAUUCCAAAUUGUCUUGGACCUCCUGUUUGUAAAUACUUGAAAUAUCACAGAAAGCUGAAUGAUUAUGUGAGAAACUUCGGGAGGAUCAGAGAUGAAUUGAAUUGUAAAAUGGAAGACAUAGAGCUGCAAUUGAAAGCAGAGCUUCUUUCUCCUUCGGGGAAGAUACCAAAGCAGGGAGCUGAAAAUUGGUUGAAAGAUGCGAAAGAGAUGAUUGCGGAAGCACAGGAUGUGGAAAAUAAAGUCAGAAACGGGAGAUAUCUCUGUCGUGCUUGGAACGGAAAGCUGGUUGAUGAAAAGACUCGAGAAAUGAAGGAAUUUCUUGAUAAAGCUCCUAAUGCCUCUGAAGCUCUUGCCAUGGAUGGUCCUAGUGGUGGGUUGCCACUGCCAACAUCAGAACUAGUUGGGGAGGAAGCUGCCAGAAAAGAGAUUUGGGCAUGUUUGAUGCAAGAGGAGGUAAAAAAGAUUGGGGUUUGGGGGAUGGGCGGUGUGGGUAAAACCACUAUCAUGAAGCACAUCCACAAUGAUCUUUUGAAAGAACAAAGAUUCGAAAGAGUAAUCUGGGUUACCAUAUCAAAGGAGUUCAAUGUAAUGAAGGUACAAGAUGAUAUUGCAAGUGCUUUGAAGUUGAAGGAAGAUUUGGCCAUAGAAGGAGACAAGCUCAGACGAGCUGCAAUCUUGUCAGAAAUGCUGAAGAAAGUAGGGAAGCAUGUUCUAAUCCUAGAUGAUGUGUGGGAUGAAGUCUCUCUAGAAGAAGUUGGGAUCCCUGAGCCGAGUGACAGCAAUGGCUGCAAGUUGGUGUUGACAACCCGUUCGGAGCAUGUCUGUAAGUAUAUGGGUUGCAUGGUGAUAAAAGUGAAGCCCCUUUCGGAACAACAGGCAUUGACACUAUUCUUGAGUAAAGUUGGGCCUAACAUAGUGCAAAAUCAAACUUUAAUGCCAAUUUUGAGGCUCGUCGUCGAAGAAUGUGCGGGUCUGCCUCUUACAAUUGUCGUCGUAGCUGGUACAUUCAAAGGAGAAGAGGACCCUCUUAUUUGGAAAAACGCACUCAGAGAAUUGAAAGAGAGAAUAGAAAAAGUGGAAGGAGUGGAAGCUAAAGUAAUCGAGCGUUUGAAAUUUAGCUUCGAUCACUUAACGGACGAGAAAGUGAAAUAUUGUUUCUUACAUUGCGCAUUAUUUCCUGAAGAUUUUGAAAUUCGGAACAAUGAGCUAAUUGAGUGCUGGAUUGAAGAGGGAUUCAUAGAUGAUAUGGGUACAAGACAAGAAAUGAAAGACAAGGGCCAUGUUAUUUUGAAGAAAUUAGAAGAUAAUUGCUUGUUGGAAAAUAUUACCAAAAAAUUUGGUAUACCUUGCGUAAAGAUGCAUGAUGCAGUGAGAGACAUGGCACUGUCGAUCACAAGUAUGAAUCCUCGAUAUAUGAUACAAGCAGGUUUGCAAUUAGAGGAGUUACCAGAAAAGGAGCAAUGGAGUUUGGAUAUUGAGAAAGCAUCGCUUAUGUGUAACCUCAUAUCAGAAAUUUCCAUAGAUGUGCUGCCCACAAAAUGCCAACUGCUCACAGCCUUGUUAUUGCAGAACAAUCCUAUAAAGAAGAUCCGAAAUUCUUUCUUCACAAACAUGCCUUGUCUUAGUGUUCUCAAUUUGUCCUUUACGAAGAUCAAGAGUUUACCAAAUUCCAUCUCUGAACUAAAGAACCUCACAACAUUGUUGCUUCGUGGCUGUUAUGAAUUAAAAGAUCUGCCUUGUCUUUCGAUGCUUCAAGAAUUGAAGAAGUUGGAUCUUUGUUUGACUAAAAUUGAGGAAGUCCCUGAAGGCAUGGAUAUGCUGAUAUCUUGAUCUUCAAGUGUGGACUCUGGAAGAGAUACCCGCAGGAAUUUUACCAAAACUCGUUCACCUUCAGCACUUGAGUUUUGAGGUGGAGAAUGAAAAAAUAAGUCUAAAAGCAGAGGAGUUGGAACCAUUGAAGAAGGUGGAGUGCUUUACAGGACGUUUCAAAGACAUCAGUGAAUUCAAUAAGUUCAUCGCCUCAAUGCAACAAAGUAAGAGAAGUCUCAUCAAGUACAAAUUACAGGUGGGCUCACGUUUUACGUUAGAUUGGACUCCUGAAAUAGAAAAAGUAGUAACAAUUGGAGAAGUCCACAAUUGGGAAGGUGAGUUAAUUAUGCACUCAAUUGAAAUUCAAGAGUUGCAUAUUUUAAAGUGCGACUAUUUGAGAAGCUUAGUCGAUUAGAAUUCUUCCUUCAAAAAUGUGAUUGACUUGAGAGUUUGUGGCAUUUGGAGGUGUGAAGGGAUAGAGUGUGUUGUUUCUCUCUCCUCUUUUGCCUCUUCUUCCGCUCAUCCAUUUCAGAGCCUCGAGGUGUUGUAUCUUACUUAUCUGCCAAAGUUGAGUGCCCUUAUUAUGAAAGAUGAAGGAAUUGGUUCAACAACAACAUCAACAUUGGCUCCGUC